ACAGAUAAUGUUCUUAACUGUAAAUAGUACUUCUACAACUACUUGCAAUGAGCAAUAGAUAAGAGGAUAAAAGAUAAAGUGAUGGCUUCUUAUUCAAUCAGCUUAAACUAUGGAAACUUCUGCAAUGGCUUACACUAUAAUAAACAGCCAAUUUUAUCAAACUAUUUCAAGAAUUCCCACAUUUCAGCUUUUUUCUCCACCCAAAAUGGACAAUAUUUGAAGCUUAAACAAGAAUGUCUCAGAGCUUCUUUUGAUAGUGAAGGCCUUCCCUCUGAAAUUACUGAAGAUUCUAAGUUUGUUUCCAUUAAUCCCGAAGACCCAAAAUUCGGUCCACCUGCUUUGUUGUUGCUGGGCUUCAAAGUGGACGAGGCAGCAAAGAUACAGCAGCUUUUGAAGGAGAUGGAUGGUGAAUUCCUCCAGAUAAUCUUUUGUACCGAAGACAUGAUUUCGCGCACACUUUGGGAAGCAGUUAACACGAAACAGCCCAAUUUAGAUGCUUCAAAGAUUGCUAAACAGCUUCCGCGAAUUUGCUUCCUGUCUGGCCUUACCGGAGAGGAGAUGAUGAUGUUUAUUGAUGCAUUUGACGAAAGUGGACUUGAAGAUCCCGUCUUUGCUGCUCUUGUUCCAAACAGCGCGGAGAAGCCAUUACAAGAACUAAUCGAUGAGAUUAUGGGCGAUCAUGAACUACUUUCUGCUAGAAAUUCAAGCUAGAUAAUGACUGUUAGAGUUGUGCCCCGAAUUUUGUUGGUCCGGCCCUGAAAGUUUCGCGGUGCGACCCAUGUUUGUGAUUUUCAAUGGGGUCUGUGGUGGUAGCGUAGAGAUCGGGCCGAUAGGCCUGAUCCCUGACUUAUUUGUACGCACUUACUAUAUAAGUGCAAUUAGUGGUCUUACGUCAUUCUCCACAUUGUACUCCUCUCCUUUCAUAGUGAAAUUCCUCUUCCUCUCC